AUCAUCUAAGCACCACCACCAAGGCACCAACCAACGACAGAGCUCUUGCCUACGCUUCCUCAUGGCGGCCACCGGCACCAAGCAGCAGCAGCCGACGGCAACGCCGGUGGCGACGGUGGUGGACCCCAAGUUCGAGUGGGCAGAGAAGGAGGACAGCUACGUGCUCCGCCUCACCCUGACGGGCUUCAGGAAGGAGGACUUCCGGGUGCAGGUGGACGGCACCGGGAAGCUCACCGUGCGAGGGGCGACCAGGCCGGGCGCCGGCGGGCCUGGCUCCGCCCUCUACAGGGUCUUCCAGCUGCCCGCAACAGCCAGCCUCGAGGACAUCGCUGGCCGCUUCGAGGCCGGCGUGCUCACGCUCACCGUGCCCAAGCUCGCCUCUUCCGGUGCCGGUGUGGCCAAGGAGGAGAGACUCAGCGACACCGUCCAGAAAAAGGAAGCCACCGAUGGAGCCGUGAAGGAGAGCACGCUCAGCCGGACGACUCGGCAGGUCGCCGAGCGCGUUCAGCGCAUGGAAGAGGAGGCCAACAGACGCAAGCAAGAGGAAGAGAAGAAGCCAGCGCCGGCGGCGAAGAAGGACCAGCACCCGAGGCCCAAGGCUCCUCAAGCGGCGGCAGCAGCUGCGGCGACACCCGAGAAGCAAGAGCCUGCCAUCGGCGAGAAGGACAAGGCGGCAGUUGACCGGGAGAGCCUGGAGGACAGGGUUAGGCUGUGCGGCGACGGUGAAGAAGUGAGGGCCAAGGCAGCUGCCACGCCGACAGCCAUGGACGCGAAAGCGGAGCACGAGAAGAAGGCGGCGGCGGCGACAUGCACCGCCUGGAAGGAGCGCAUUGUAGGGGAGCUGAAGGGUCUGACAGACAUGAAGUGGGCGGACAACACAUUGGAGAUUGCGAGGAAGAACAAGGAGGUGGUCGCCGUCGGCGUCGCCGCCUUCUCGCUCGGCUUCUUCGUCUCCCAGCGGCUCUUCGGUAAGUGAGCAGCAAUGCGUACCAAGGACGACCAUCUCACAUACAUACACCAACAGUGGGUACGUAAUAUGUACAGGCUAUUGUUGUGUUAGUAAAAUGUACAUUGACUCAACAACCAUGUAAGAUAUCUGUGGAAUCAAUCAAAGUGUGUACAUUCAGACAACAGACAUGGAGUCAAUCAUCAUAUCUGGUCCUAUACGACCAUGAAUUAUAUGAUAUUGACUCAAGAGCAUAUAGUACAAAAUAUAUGAUGAAAA